AUGGCCACUCCUACUUCCUGGGCUCAGGAGGUCAUAACAUGUGAUCUUUGUCCUAAGCCUACUCAGCAGUUCUGUAACAACUGUCAAGUCAGUUUAUGUGUGGACUGUGUCAGUAAACAUGUGGACGGAUUCAGGUCUCAAACACACAACAUUGUUCAUUUCACCAACAGAAAGGUACAGCCAGUGUUUCCUGAGUGUGAGGUUCACCCAAACCAGAGAUGUGAGGCCCACUGCAAACAGUGUCAUGUCCAUUACAUGAAGAAAAUGGACAAUAUAGCAGGCAAAAUCUCCAUAUCUACAGCAAAGUUUGAUGAAAUGGAAAAAGAAGCAGAAAAACACAGAAAACUGUGGCACCAAGAAGUAGAUAACAUCUUCAACAAAGUUAGCUCCAUGAUCAAGUCCACAAAGGAAAACUUUAUCACUUCUCUAAAAUCUCACAAAUCAAAGUUUAAAAAUCUUAUUCCAGAUAUGAUGCAAACUGUUGAACAAAACAAAGACAUCUUGAAGACUAACAAAGUGUCUGAUGUCAACAACUACAAAUCUAAAUUGACGGAAUACAGACAUACCAGCUGA